AUCCUUCGAAUAGAAAACAUGAGUGGAUUUCCAGAAAAGAAGUGGAUGGAUAAGAAAAAGAAAGAACGGACAAUGGCGGUAAAAAGCUGGCCACAGGUACUGGCAGAACAGAGAUGGGCCCGUGAGAUGCAGAGGGCACAGAAGGAUGCUGAAACGAGGCGUAAAAUUCAAAGGUGGAUCGACCUGAAAAACACCUUAAAUAAGCCGCGUGAAAAGAGGCUGGCAGAGCUGAGGGAAGCUGAGAAAAGGCUGGAAGAAGACCGUCAGGACAUGCAGAGGCAGGAGAGGUGGAGAGAGUGGAGGCAGAAGGAGAGAGAGCUGUGGGAGGCAGAGCAGAGACGGAAAGAGCAGGAGCUCAACUCUAAGAACAAACUGCAGGAGACCAAGACACCUCUACCUCCACCUCAACCAAGACAGUCUCCUACCAUCUUGGAGGAGUUGAAGAUGUUGGAUGAACUGCUUGAGGAGAUGGCAGACAUACUGCCUUCAAUGUCCCCCAUCCAUCAGCCAGUCUAUCCAACCCCCACACCCCUCCCACUGUGUAAAGAAGGAGCAUACUUGGGCCUCACCACCACCAAACCCAUGGACGCUCAGGCCAGGCAUCCCCACGGGGUCAAGCAUCCCACCUGCAUACUUCUUCCAGAGGACACUCAAAUCUACACCCACCCCUUGGCCAACCAGGAGGAAGGAUUAGAGAGUGGACUGGCGAAGAUGCAAGUACUGGAGGCAUCUGUUGAGGAGAGUUCCAACAGUGCCAUAUUGAUGAAAAUGGAGAAUGAGAUAAAGGCUGAGGAGGGAAAAGCAGCAAAGAAAGAGUGGGAGUUCAUAAAAAAGCAGAAGAAAGCAGAAAAGCUGGUGCAGGAGAAGAUGGAGAAGAAACAGAGGAAGCAGCUGGAGCAGGCAGAAAAAAGAAACAUGGAGAUUCAAACCAAGCUAGAGAAUGAAAUACGCAAAAUGAAAGCUCUAGAAAGGAAAGAGAAUCAAAGGUUAGCAGAAGAGCAAAGAAAGGAAAUGAAGAAGAAAGAAAAGGAAGAGAAAAAGGCAGAAAGAGGACAAUUGGAAAUGGUGUCUUUGCCAAAACGUGGCUUCUUCGAGAAGAUAAAGAGGGCCUUUCAUUUCCACUGAUAAGAAAGACUUUUCAUCUGCGGUAACACCAACCGUGACAAACAUCAGGGACUGCCCUCUUUUCUGUCAUCACCAUGUAAGCAAGGGUUUUUCUGCUGCGGACCCUUCCAAACCAGAAAGUUAAACGUCUACAACUUUGCUGUCAUUUGGAUCACUGGCACACUUGAAGUUGAAGCUCUGUGAAGAACCGUUAUAGAAGUUGUGUAGUAGUAUUAGUAGUAUUAGUAGUAGUAGUAGUAGUAGUAGUAGUAGUAG